AUGGGGAAAUCUUGGUCAGACAACGGUGUACUGAGCACAAGUACAGGCAAACAUCUAAAGGCAACUAGAACGGGAAAACUGGCCAACCACCUGUGUAGUCAAACCGGGCAGGUGGCUAGAGAAAUCUUGGUCGGGCAACUAUGUACUAAGCACAGGUACAUGGGAACAUCUAAAGGCAACAAGAAUGGGGAAAUUGGCCAACCACCAGUGCAGUCAAACCACGCCGUUGGCUGGGGAAAUCUUGGUCGGACAACUGUGUACUGA